GCCGGCUGCGGGAUAAACUCAGCUCAGACGAGCCGAGCUGCUAAAGAAAAUGUGAUUGUUUUGACAAAAUAGUUUUGAAGGAAAUCUUCUGAUAAUGCAGAAAACUCAAAGGAAUGCCUUUGCUUUGGGUAAAAAAGAAGAGGCCAUAGCUGUGCCAGAGCCUCCACCGCAAUUUUCACAUGGAACCGUCACAUUUGAUAUGGUACCCUCAUCAGCCGAAGACUUACAAUAUGAAUUAAGUGAAAGAGCAACACCUUGUCCAACAUUGACAGACGAACAGGUUACAGCCUUUAGGGAGGUGUUCGACCUCUUCGACAGCAAUGGUGGAGGUACAAUCGAUGCCGAGGAACUGGAUUUGGCACUGAAAUCAGUCGAAAUCCAUCUGUCGCAGGAAGAAUUACAAGAAGUACUGUCUGCUAUGGAUAAAGAUGGUAAUGGUGAAAUUGAUUUCCACGAGUUUCUUAACUUGAUGACAAACACAGAGCGCUUCUUAGAGGAAUUUGCAAGUGUGGGAGAAAGAAGGAAGAGAGAAAAUCUUCUCAUUGAGGCUUUGACACAGUUUAUGAAAAGAUCAGCCCUUCAUUCUAUAAACGAAAUUGUCGGAUUUUACCAUACCAAAUACAAGCGCAUUCAGGCCCCCCACGUUGUGGGCCACUAUGCGGCAGGGGCUCGGGUUAUUGGCCUGACAGAGAACCAGCUGAGAAGGCGCUUGGAGAGCCUGAAGGCGAGGCAUGCUGCUGGUGAUAACAAAUCCCCGUAUGCUGAGCCGUUACACAUAGUUUUCGGCACGGUGGUGAGGAAAAACCGUCCCCAAAGCCGUGCCAAGGCUAAAAUUUUAAAAGAAACAGACGGCUUACCACAAAUGUCUCUAACCAGAGGAAAAAUCAGACUCAGCUUUAGAAGACCGAGCGCGCCAUCAGCUUCUUCUUCUUACUCCAAUAUGCUCGAAAAGAAUCCUGUUUUGCCAAACGCGCAGACUAUGAGCCCAGCAGCUCAUCUUCUAAUGCGUGAAGGUCAAACUUACCAGCAAGGAAAAAAGAAACAACAAAGACUGCCCCUGAAGAAGAACGGCUGGGUCAGUCAGCGUUUUAAACCAUUUCCUCUCGAGCUUCCAAGCAUCUUUGUUGAACAAGAAAAGAAAACAGACAAACGGGAUCAACCAGGCCCAAGCCUCACAAUCGACGAUUUAAAGAAAAUACGAGACAAGGUUGGUCAAGCAAGAGAUGUUUACUUCAGACGACUCCAGGAAACGAAAAGCAAAGACAGUGAAGGACACUGGAAAUCCUUGGGUCCUGAGUAUAUUAACUCAGACGUACUAAGGAAUUACUUCAGGCUAGCUUUCAAUGCUUACACACCAUAUGUCGUUAUCAAUGCUGCUUGAAGAUUCCAAGAAACUAAUUAAUUGGUUUAGAUGGAUGAAACAGCACAAAUGAAAUAACUUGUAUUCGCAAUCAGAUGAGCACUCAAAUGAGCACCUGUAUCAUUCCAGUGACUAUUCUACUAGUUAUCAGUAAAUUAUUGUUGUCAGCUGCUGUGCUGGAGAUAUCAGCUGGUAUUGAAGAGUGAAGACUUGUGGCUAGAGUUACAAACUGACUGAAGGCUUUUAUGGCUUCACCAUGAUUAAAAGUUGCA